AUAAAGGGAUUGGAAAUUGUCAUGACCUGCAUGUUAAACCAAUUCAAAAUAAUCCAAGCUUCAUAAGUGACCAAAAUAUUGUACAGAAAUAACAAAUAUAAAAAUAAGCAAAUUAGAUUAAAUAUUAUGCUCAGUCUCUCAGUGCAUAAACAGCUUAAUUGCUCAGACAAAAUUCAAACCUCCUCGAGUUCUCCCCCCACCAAACCAAACCACUCUCCACAAUUCAAACUCACCCACUUCUUCUUCUUCUUCCUCCUUCUUCUUUGUAAUCACUCAGCUUCUUCAUCAACUCCUCUGCUGUAAAAACAGAGCACCAUAUGAACCAGUAGAGAGAGACACACUGGCAUUUUUUAAUUUCCCAACAAUUACAUAAAUAAAGAUGCUUCUUUUUCUACACAUUGCUUUGCUUCUUCUCAUUGCUGAAGUUGUGCUGUGUCUCAACCCAGAUGGUCUCUCCCUCCUCGCCCUCAAAUCCGCAAUCGAAACCGACCCCACCCGCGUCCUCGACUCCUGGUUCGACUCCGACCCGACCCCCUGCCACUGGCACGGCGUCGUUUGCACCCGCAACCGAGUCACUGACCUCUUACUCAGCGACAAAGGCUUCUCCGGCUACAUUCCCUCCGAACUCGGCCACCUCGACUCGCUCAAGCGACUCAGUCUGUCCAGAAACAACUUCUCCAAGCUCAUCCCGGCCCACCUCUUCAACGCCACCAACCUCAUUUCUCUGGACCUCUCUCGAAACUCCUUCGUCGGCCCAGUCCCGGCCCAAAUCGAAGCCCUCAAAGCCCUAAAACACCUCGAUUUGUCUUCUAAUUUCCUCAACGGCUCCCUCCCCGAGUCUCUCGCCGAGCUCCCGUCCCUCGCCGGAACCCUUAACCUCUCGUACAACAAAUUUUCAGGCGAGGUUCCGGCGUCAUACGGACGGCUUCCGGUGCUAGUGAGCCUGGACCUCCGGCACAACAAUCUCACUGGAAAAGUGCCUCAGGUGGGAUCGCUUGUGAACCAGGGCCCCACCGCGUUCUCCGGCAACCCUAGCCUCUGCGGGUUUCCGUUGGAGAUUCCGUGCCCGGAAGCUCAAAACCCGAACGCCUCCAAAAGCGGAGCCGAGGACGUUCAAAAGCCUCUCAACACCGACCCGAGCUUGGUGAAUGGGGUCGAGGAAAGAGAAAAUCGGAGAGGUGGGUCGGUGACGGUACCGAUCAUUUCAGGCCUUUCAGUGGUGAUCGGGGCCGUCUCGAUUUCGGUGUGGCUGCUUCGGAUAAGAAGGAGGGCCAAGGAGGUCAAAACGGUAAGAGAGAAAGUGGAAAAGGCGGUGGUGGUUGUUGAGGACGAGGGGGAGGGGCAAAAUGGUAAAUUCGUGGUGCUGGACGAGGGGUUUGGGUUGGAAUUAGAGGAUUUAUUGAGGGCAUCGGCGUACGUGGUGGGGAAGAGCAGGAGUGGGAUUACGUACAGGGUCGUCGCCGGGAGUGCUGGGAAGGGAUACGGUGCGGCGCCGGCAGUUGUGGCCGUGAGGAGGCUGAGCGAGGGUGAUGCCACGUGGCGGUUCAAGGAGUUUGAGGCUGAGGUGGAGGCCAUAGGGAAGGUAGUCCACCCGAAUAUUGUACGCUUGAGAGCAUAUUAUUAUGCGAAUGAUGAGAAACUUCUGGUCACUGAUUUCAUUCGCAAUGGCAGCUUGUACAAUGCACUCCACGGGGUACCAUCCACUUCUUUGCCUCCAUUACCAUGGACAGCAAGGUUAAAAAUUGCUCAGGGGACCGCGAGGGGAUUGAUGUACAUACAUGAACACAGCCCUCGAAAGUAUGUUCAUGGAAACAUUAAAUCAACAAAAAUACUUCUCAAUGAUGAUCUCCAACCUUACAUAUCAGGGUUCGGAUUGGUGCGCCUUAUGUUGGGGACCUCAAAGUUCACCACUUCAGCAUCCAGAAAACACAACUCAAGCCAAUGCAUUGGAGCCUCUGGUUUGACUGUUUCAACUUCCUCAACCAUUUACUUAGCGCCCGAGGCUCGAAUUUCUGGCAGCAAGUUCACUCAGAAAUGUGACGUGUACUCUUUUGGGGUUGUGCUCUUGGAGAUCUUAACUGGCAGGUUGCCAGACGAAGGGCUCGAAAAUGGUGGUAAGGGACUUGAGAGUCUAGUCAGGAAGACGUUCAGAGAUGAGCGCCCCUUGUCCGAGAUUAUAGACCCUGUACUUCUGCAAGAGGUUUAUGCAAAGAAGCAAGUUGUUGAAGCCUUUCACAUUGCCCUUAAUUGCACCGAACUUGACCCUGAACUGCGUCCAAGGAUGAAAACUGUUUCAGAGAGUCUCGAUCGCAUUAAAUUGCGAUGUUAAGAACAGAAACUUAGCUGACCGCUCAUCUGGAAUUGGUUUUGGUGCUGACAAUGGUCUCGCAUGGGUGUUUCAAUGUAGGUUUUUGUCUAUUAGAUUGUCAGAAAAUCCAUUAGCUUGAUGGGUUAGAUGUAUUAUAUGGGUUCUCUAGUUGAAUGCUAAUGUUUGAAGAUGAGUUCAAUAGAGACAGGCAUGUAUUCGAGUUUGACAACAUUCUGGUGGGAUUAGGAGGAGAAGAGAGGCUGUUUUCUUUUUCUCUUCUUUAAGACAUGUUCUUGCCCUAUUCUCAUCAUAUUGUCGCAAUUCUCCUUUUGCUCUGGUGGUUGGAAUUUCUAAUGGCUAAUGUUGAAUAGUAUCUCUGUUUCUUUGAA